AUGCAGUGGAAGUCCUUGUACACUUUGGCGUCGCUUUUGGCAGCUGUUUCUGCCGCCGACAUCACCGGCUGCCACUACCACGGAGCUACGCAGUUCUGUAUCGAUGAAGAUGGGAACGAGGGAUAUGUCACUCCAGCGCCUUCUCAGACGGCCGAUGCGCCUAGCUCGUACACUGGAUGUCAUCUUCACGGUUCAGAGACUUUCUGUUUAAACGGUCAAAACGAGGCUCAGUUUGUGGUUGAGACUGCCCAGGCGACUUCUGGUAGCGCUUCUGCGUCAAUCACCAGUGCCACCGCCAGCUCCAGCUCUGUGGCUGCUCAGACCACCGCUGUCACGGGCUGCCAUAACCACGGCUCUAAUCUUUUCUGCAUUGAUGGAAAUGGCAACGAAGGUCAGAUCACGCCUGCUCCAUCGGGAACUGCCGCUCCUGAGAGCUUCACCGGCUGCCACAACCACGGUACCGAAACAUUUUGUUUGGAUGAGGCUGGACUGGAAGUUCAAUUUGUUAACGAGGAAGAUGUGGGUUCUCACGACCCUGCCGACGUGGACAACCCGGAAAUGGACUGCCACUACCACGCUGGUGUUCCUCACUGUAUUCCCAAGGAGGAAGUGACACGUUUGGUGCUCAGGCUCAGUCUUGUGACCGUAACGAGGCCGAAUACAAGAUCCCAUUGA